AUGGCCAAAGAUUUAUUCGCAGUCCUACGACAGAAUAACGAACUACCAAAUCUUCCAUCAUCAGAAGAAGCCGUCGUAGUAGAUGGUGGUUCUCAAAUGGAUCUUUUCUUUAGUGAAGUUGAAUGGAUUCGAAGAGAAAUUGAAAAGACUCGCAUAGAAAUAAGUCAAGUUAAAACAAAACAUGGUGAAAUUUUGUCAGCACUUCAACAAAAUCCAAAAACAAAAACACAACUAGAAGAAUUAAAUGAGAGUAUUACACGUUCAGCUAAAGAAAUUCGACUUAAGCUAAAAUCAUUGGAACAAACAAUCAGAGAACAAGAAGCUAAAGAUGCUACAUCCGCUGAUUUACGUAUUCGUAAAACUCAGUUUCUCACCUUGUCUAAAACUAUCACAACUAUUAUGCAUCAAUAUGGUCGUAUACAGAUUGAGCAUAAAGAACGUUGUAAAGCUUUGUUGAAACGUCAAUUAGAAGUUGCUCAACGGUCAGUUACAGAUAAUGAACUGGAAAAUAUGCUUGAAUCUGGAAAUCCACAGAUUUUUACUCAAGGAAUUAUAACAGAUACUCAACAAGCUCGUCAAAAUCUAGCCGAUAUUGAAGCACGUCAUGAAGAUAUUAUGAAACUAGAAAAGAGUAUUCGAGAAUUACACGAUUUAUUUAUCGAUAUGGCUUCAUUGAUUGAAACACAAGGUGAACUUGUUGAUCGAAUCGAUGUCAACGUUAAACAAACACAGGAUUACGUUGCUGAGGCUCGACAGGAAACUAAAAAGGCAGUUGUAUACAAGAAAAAAUCUCGGAAAAUCUUUUAG